GUGCAAUGAAUUGGUGGUCGGCGGUCUUAAGUGCUGGUAUGCUGGCUGCGUGCUGUGGCUGUUACGAUGCACUGCAGCUAUCGAAUGUAACGAGAGCGGAGGGGAAAAAUGAGCUGGAUGUCGUGCAUACGGCGCAACGCAGUGGAAGAUUUUUUCCGUUCUACACGAUUGGCCGUAUUGCGAACGCUCCGUGCACAUCACCCUCGGGCCUAUCUGGCACUUGUUUGAUAGCGGGCGAGUGCAAAGACAACGGUGGCUUAGCGUCGGGUACGUGCAGCACCCGUACAAACCAGGCCGUAUGCUGCGUGUAUACCAAAUCCUGCGGAGACUCCACAACUCUUAACAGUACAUACUUUACGAACUCGGGCUAUCCGGGACCGUACGGUGGAGGUGGAACCUGCACGUUUACGAUCACUCCGUCCAGUGGGAUCUGUCAGCUAAGAAUCGAUUUCCGUACGCUAACGCUCAGCCAACCGACCGGUGAUGGGGCCUGCAAUACUGAUCGGUUAACGAUCGUCGGGGCUAGCCCGUCGGUGGUACCAAUUUGUGGCGAAAACACUGGCCAACAUCUGUACGUGAACUUUGUCGGAAGUGGUCCUAUCUCGUUGCGUAUCGCUACCAACGGUGACGUGUCGUUUAAUCGCCUGUGGAAUAUAGAGCUGUCACAGAUAGCGUGCGCCAGCUCAGAACGUGCUCCUGCUGGGUGUUUGCAGUACUACACGGAACCGACCGGAGAGAUUAGUAGCUUAAACUAUGGACUGGGAGAAAAUCCGUCCACAAAUGCGGCUGGUGCUCGGGGCAGCCGACAGCUACCCAACACCAACUAUGGCAUUUGUAUGCGACCUGCAGCUGGUAAAUGUUCUAUAACCUACUCACUGCCUCCAGACGAUAGGUACGCUUUUACGGUUACCGGUGAUGCUGUCGCUGUCGAUCCGGCUCUGCUCGGUAUGGCAAUGCUGAGUGUGACCGGUGCGGCCUGUCUGACCGAUUUCGUUAUCAUACCGAAUCCUAGCGGCUUAACUUCCGACCGGUUCUGCGGUCUUGGGUUUCCGGGUGUCACGAGUUUUGCACGACCGUUCGUCGUCUAUACGGUGACCAAUGCAAACGAAACACCGGACGCGGCCAAUCGAGGUUUCCGAUUGCUUUACACGCAGAAUGCCUGUGCAGCAGCGUAA